UUGAUCACUAACUUGUGUACUAGUACUCUGGAUGUGCGGCGUGCGCUAUUCCCUUGCAGAUUAACGAUAAAUAUAACAAGGUUGGAAGAGCUACAUCUAGCCUAUUGCGCGUGAUUCAUUGGGCGCCAGGCAUCCAUUUACCGGUACACAACAUAUCUCAUUUUUUUUACCGGAACAGGAACACACUUAUAAAGGCAAGACCUCAUGUGGGGAAGCACAGCCACCUGUCUCAUGAAUCCCGAACUGGCCGCGACAGCAAUUUCAGCCUUGACAAUCCUUAACUUCCACUCUCAUCAUCAAACACGAAUUCCAAUCUUCAAAGAGUACAAAAGUGCUCUUCCAACCUCUUCCUAAACAACAAGAGUCUUAUGUCGCUCUUAACGCCCACAGAGGCUCAUGCCUUUCAGAAAUUCCUUUCAUCGCUUGACACUACCGACUUUUCAGCGUCAUGGAACAUGCAACUAGACGUAUCCCAUGAGCAUAUGCCUCCAGCCCACGGAAGAGAAGCACUAGCUCAAGCAACCAAAGACCUCAUGUCCCUAGAUACCGAUAAAUGGCGGUAUCCACUCCCUCACUCUGCUUCACCCCGUGAGUCCCCUUCCGACCCACCGGUUAACCGGCAUCCCCAGUCACAGUCAAACCCCCUGUCAUUUCUCUACUCUACCCGUCGUGAACGACGCGUAGAAAGCAAUGACCACUCCACAUCCCAUUCCCAGCCUCCCUCCUCCCGCAAUCGUGCACCCAUACCCCCUCUCCAACGAACCGUCGAUCCCGCAUCCGUCUCCACCAGAACUAGAGCAAGAACCUUCGCGUUCGAGAACGCAUCCUCUUCUUCAUCCAGCCAGUCUCCUAUCGACCCUUCAUCCUCAUCUUCAUCCUUCUCCACGCACCAUACCACGCCUACACCUGUCUCGUCCACUAAACGAUCCCCACCACCGGAUCAUAAUGGCGCGAAUAAACGGCGGCGACAGUCGUCUGUCGCAUCCCAACAAUUCGCUAGUGACGCAGGCCGAGCAUCGACCCUUCUAUCCCCCUCCCAGAAAAAAGCAAAUCACAUCCAAUCGGAGCAGAAGCGCAGAGCCAAUAUAAGAAGAGGUUACGAGGCUCUAUGCGACAUCGUCCCUUCUCUACGAGAAGCCAUGUUAGCAGAAGCAAUGGAAGAAGAAGAAGCGGGUGCGAAUGGGAAGAAAGCCGGAAGACGACGGAAGCCUGCAAAUGACGACGGUGAGAAGGUCGACGGCAGGGCUGGUCCGAAAAGCGAACAUGUCGUGCUUUCAAAGACUAUCGACUACGUCACUGAGCUUCUAUCGGAACAUGAUGUCUUCAAGCAGCGCUUAAUGGUCGCGAGAAGUAACCUCCCGCUUGAUCAUCCAUUAUUAAAGCGUCACCCUGACGCUUCGCCCCCGCUAUGGGAACGGAAAUGGACAGGAGGUGAAGCGAAAGAUGGUGACGAAGAGGACGACGAGGAAUCGUAGGCUCAAAAACAAACUGCCACAGUACGCCUCCGCCUCAUAGUAUUUAUCGGCCCAAAUCCGCCGUCUUGCAAGGGUCCAGAGUUGGACGCUUAUUAUAUCAGACUCGCUUCAUUAUGUAUAAUAUAGACCUUUAAUUCGCUUGUUCUGCAAGCGUUGUGGAAGCGAAGCCAACUUUUUGUUUGUCCUGAU